UACAGUAUACGACGUGACCGGCCCCACUCGGGAGCCCAGUAGUAAACAUGGCUGAAGGAGACCAGGAUCCUUCCUGUUCAAUUGUCGAGUAUAUGCGUGAUCAUAGUGGCUAUAAAUGUGGUUAUUGCAAGUCCGAGAAUACAAACUUUAGUCAUGGUAUGUGGGCUCAUCGAUUGGCUGUAAAUCAUUAUCAGGACCUGAUUGAUCGUGGUUGGCGUCGUAGUGGAAAAUACUGCUAUAAACCAAUAAUGGAUAAGACUUGUUGUCCUAUGUAUACCAUAAAAUGUGACAUACUGGAAUUCAAGCUAAGCAAAUCCCAGAAAAAAAUUCUCAAGCGUAUUCACCGAUACCUAAGUCAUGGAGAUGUAAAAGAAGAAAGAAGCUUAGGAAAUGACAACUCUGGAAACAUUCAGGGAAACCCAGAAUAUGUAAAACCAAGACUCGAGUCCACCCAAGAUCUCUCUUCAGUCUCGCUCUCGGCAAAUGCUACAAACACGAGAAAAAAUUCAGAACCUUACACACUAGAAACAAAUGAUGGCAGCCUUAACAGUAAAAAGGCAUGUGUAAAUCCCAAGAUGGAGAAAAAUGUUAGUUGCCAUAAGACAAAUCUAGAGAGUUCCAGUCAACACAGCUUCCAAGCUAAGAAAGUAACUAGUACAGGACCAGAUCCCAAUAGACCACCUUGUCGAAAAGCCAAAGAAGUACGCAGGGAACGUAAGGAGGCCAAACUUGCCAAAAUUGCCCAAGAAGCAGUGACCAGAGGUGAAUCUCCAAUGGAUACCAAGAAAUUCAAGCCAUCCAACACACAGAAAACUCUUGAAGAUUAUAUUAAUGAACCGCUUCCUGAGAACCCUGCACAUAAUCUCGAGGUUAAAUUAGUUCGCUCGCAACCAAGCAGUGCUGAAUUUCUUCAAACUUUCAAGAUGGCUCACCAACUGUAUGAAAAGUACCAGGUUAACAUCCAUGGAGACACUCCAAGCAGGUGUUCUGAGCCACAGUAUAAGAGGUUCCUGUGUAAUUCUCCGCUCGAGUUGAAACUAGUGAGAGUAAGUCCUCCGGGAGCAGCAUUCAGAGCCAGCUAUAAUGUCUCGCAUGCUGUCUUCCGCAACUACCAGAUCCACGUUCACCACGACUCCGAAAGCGAGUGUGAUAAGAAGUCUUUCCAAGGCUUCCUGGUUGAUGGGCCCUUCUCGGGAUGGCAUCCACACACCGGCCCUCAACAAGGUUAUGGAUCAUUCCAUCACCAGUAUUGGCUGGAUGGUCGCUUGAUAGCAGUGGGCGUACUGGACAUUCUGCCCCAUUGUGUCUCUUCUGUCUAUCUAUAUUAUGAUCCUGAAUUCUCAUUUUUAUCAUUAGGUACUUAUGCAUCAUUAAGAGAAAUUGCGCUGACACGUGAACUUCAGCGCAGAGUUUUAUCCUUGAAGUCGUAUUACAUGGGUUUCUAUAUUCAUUCCUGCCCCAAGAUGCGCUAUAAAGGCAGAUACAAUCCUUCAUUUCUGCUGUGUCCAGAGACUUAUGAUUGGAUUCCCAUUGAAAGUGCAGUAUCCAAGCUAGAUGUGGCAAAAUACUCGAGAUUAAAUGAUGAUACGUCUGCUAUUGAUGAAAAUGGUCAACUGGAUAUCAAUGAAAUUCAAGUACUAUAUGAACAGGAACCGAUGAGAUAUGGAAGGUAUCGAAUACUCAAUGCAGAUGGUGCUGAUGAUGAUGAGGUCAGAGAAUAUGGAACCCUAGUAGGAGCAAAGUGUGCUAAUUCUAUUUAUUUAUAUCGAAGUUGAUUUUGUUCACAUUAAGAUAUCGGCACUAGGAUUGUUCAGGACAAUUUUUGUCAUAAUUCAUCACGUUGAGCACUUAAUAUUUUCUAGUGCACAUGUCAUUAUAUAUCCAUGACAUAAUCUUUAGAAAUGUGAAUAUUGAGUUGACAUUAAAAAUGUGGCUCUGUAUACAAUGUGAUAAUAAUAAUUGUGUGUGUGUUGUGUGAAGGUGUGUGUAUGUAUAUGUGGAGUGACUAAUUACUAAAGUGUAGUUACAGGAUGAGAGCUACGCUCGGUCUUCUGUCUUCCCGAUAACCUUUCUCAUGUGCUGCUCUGAAACUAAUAUUGGUUUUGACAUCUGCCACUUUCUCAUUAGAAGAUUGUUCCAACCAUCUACAACUUUGUUCACAAGAGAGAACAUUCGUACAUUUUCAGCUCAUUUGUUUUCCUUGGCUUGAAUAUGUGGCCAUUGUUCUUAAUGUUGCUAAUUUAAAAAAUUCCUCAUUGUCAGCCUUGUAAAUUCCUGUUAUGAUAAUAUGCCUCUUUUUUAUUUCCAUUAGUUUUGGCAUAUUUAGUGUCUCAAUAAGACUCCUUAUAUAUCUCUUGUUUAGGUCUGGAAGCCUAAAAAACAAGACCUAUGAGGAGAGACUGGAGGCAGCAGUCCUAUCUGAGCAUCAGCAUGUCAUCUCUUCAGUUCUAGAUAACUAAUUAGGUGUGAGGAUUGUGUCAAGAGUGUGUGUAAUUGCCUAAGUAAAGUUACAGGAUUAGAGCUACGCUCGUGGUGUCCCAUCUUCCCAGUACAUUUUGUCGUAUAAUACUUUGAAACUACUGAAGGUUUUGGCCUACCUCCACCUCACUUAGCUUGUUCUAACCAUCUACCACUCUGCAAAAGAAGACUUUAUAAUAUUUUUUCUGCACGUUUGUUUCCUUUGCUUCAGUCUGUGUCCUCUUGUUCGUAAAGUUGCUGGUUUCAGGUAUUCCUUUUUGUCAAUUUGGCUGAUUCCUGUUAGUAUUUUGUAAAUGAUAAUCAUAUCCCCUCUUUCUUCUAUCAUCUAGCUUUAGCAUUCUUAAUGCUUCUACUCUCUCCUCGUAAUUCUUGUUUUUCAAUUCCGGCGGUGCAUCAUGCAUAGUGUCAGUCACGAUAAAACUACAGUUAGUCCAUCAUGCAGAAAAGCCACUUUUGACAUACUUUUAGUUUGUCAAGUAGCUUGGCCAGUUAUUUAAAAAAAAAAUUUUUUUUUGUCCUUCAAACUCCACUGAGUAAAUUGAGCGCUUUUUAUAAGGUUAAUUUUCAUUAGUAAGUACUGUUCUUAUGUAUACUAUAUAGUUAUGAUUAUUGAUAGGUGGAAUGUAACUACACUGAGCCUACUCUGCUCUAAUUUCUCAUGUCAAAUUGUUUAAAUUAUAGGCAGAUAUUAUAAUAAAUUAUAGAAGAUAUUAAUUUGUGUGAAAA